UGACGUGUCAGGGGGCGAGAAGGGAAGUAGAGUAGUGGAGCCUUCCCUCACAUUUUAACGUGUUUGUUGGCUUUGUGUGUCUGCAUCAUACUGCAAUGCUUAGGAUGAUCAUAGUAUAGGCAGUCCACUUAUUGUGAGUCAUAACGGCUGUGUGUCAUUGUGUGAAUGGGCAAUUGUCGCUGAGAGACAAGAGUGACGGCCGGCUGAGGAGUUGUCACGCCUGUCACCACCACCGCCACAUCCUAUUUUACUGACAAUGGAUCUUACUGCUUUCUCUCAAGAAAAUUUUGAUCCUAAGGAAUGGAUCAACAGUGUUUUCCGCAGCCAGGAUGCACAACAGAAUCGUGAUCAAUAUGCUUCAUCUCUAGUAAUGCGACUGCAGCUGGCCAUCCAGGAGGUGAACAGUGCCUUGGAGGAAACCAGCCAACAGGUUGUGGGAAGUCUUCCACGUGUGCUGAGGGAUGUGGAGUCCUUGGGUCAUGAGGUGUCAGUCCUCAAAAACCAGAUGAAUAGUGUGAGGCAAGACAUUGAGAAGGUGGAGCAUAAUACAGCUGCCAGCAUGCAGACUUUAGUGAAGCUAGACACACUGAAGGGACGGAUGGUUGCCACCUCGCAGGCCUUGCGUGAAGCAGACAACUGGACUACACUCUCCACCGACAUUGAAGAGGUGAUGGAAAGUGGAGAUGUGGAAGUAAUAGCAGAGAAACUGGUUGGAUUACAAAACUGCUUAAGCAUUCUUACUCAUGUACCUGACUAUGAGGAGCGUGCAGCUCACCUGGAAGGUCUUAAGGUGCGCCUGGAAGCUCUGGCCAGCCCACACAUUGUGGCUGCCUUCACCAACCACAAUCUAGAAGAAUCAGUGAUGUAUGCCAGGCUGCUGCGAUCACUUGGGCGUGUCAGUCAGCUGGAAAGUUACUACCAUAAAUGUGAAAUGGGCCAGCUGGCGGCAUCCUGGCGUGGCGGUGUGGAGGGCUUUCAUCUGGCAGGACCUCCUACCUGGCUCACCACUUUCUAUGAUAAGGUUUCUCUAUUAACCUCGCAACAGGUGCGUUGGUGUGGGCAGGUCUUUGAGGGAUCUGACUCAAGUCUCUUGUUGGCACAAUUGGUGGCAGCCAGUUUAGCUUCCUUGGACCCCCCGGUGGAUCAGGUAGUGGCUGUUGCUGUCAAACAACAGGAACAGCCAUUAGACUUCCUCAUUGCUAUCAAGGCUUCUGGAGAUAAUUUUCUAAAGGAUUUGGAAGAAUCUCUUGGUACUGCUAAACCAGGUCAGGAUGCACUGUACCAGGCACAGAGGAUGGUGACACAGGCUGUGUAUCGUCCUCUCCAGGACCAGAUCACUAAACACCAGGAAUAUCAAGAAGCUCAGUUACUUUCACAUCUAAUUUCUGCAGAUAUUGUAAAGGGAGAUAUGGGAGAGACCCUCCGGCGCUUGCGAGAGUACUGUGGUAAGCUCCCCAGCCAGGCUGAGGCAGCUGCUGAGCGGUGUGUACAGCUCAGUAACGGGUGGGGCUUUCCUGGCCUGGUCAUGGCCCUUACCACCUAUAUAGAGCAGUGCACAGCCCGUCUGGCCCAGGCUGCACGCCACGUCCAGAAGCAAAAAGCAUCCAUCAUAGAUGAUUGGACUGUAUUUACCAUGUGUCUUAAUCUCAUUCAAGCUGCAGGGGAAUUGGUGAUGGCAAUAGAGAGCACAGAACACUCGUUAGCCACACGCUUCACAACAGUUGCCACCAAGUUUAUCUGGAAUCCCACCACUCCAUUCACACCCACUCCUGAUUUACUUCUCUCAUCUCAAGCUGGAACCCAAUUGAAGAACUUAGUCACAAGAGUGGUUGAAGAAGAUGGGAGGCUGUUGGAACAGAGCCUGAAUGAAGCUCAGGCACAGUGUCAAGGUGCAGUAGAGGCUGCACUCUCAACUAUUAUGGCCCCUGUGUCUUCUCAACUGGCAACCAUCCCGGACCUGCCUGCCUGGACCUCUCGGCCAGGAACGUCAGCUCAACUCUCAUCUUCUUUCUCUCCUCAGGAAUAUAUUACACAGAUUGGGCAGUACCUCAUGACCUUGCCACAGCAUCUUGAACCUCUCCUGGUUAACCACAGUCCAGCCCUUAACCGUGCACUGCAAGAGGCCAACACUACCUCCACAUCCAGCACAGGAAGGAUUGUGAGUGAGAGUGAAAUCAGUGCUGCUGACUUUCUCAUCAAUAGCGUUGGUCAAAGCACCUGCAAACUCUACACAGAUGCAGUACUGAAGAUACCAGACAUCACUGCUUCCAUGGUGACACAGCUUACAACAGAUAUAGAUUAUGUAUGUAAUAUCCUGGAAGACUUGGGGGUGAGCUCCUGUGAUCCACUGGACCAGCUUAGUGCCCUCCUGAAGGCCCCAGCAGACCAGUACUUGAAACUAGCUCCAGGCAAGAACCCAAGACUAAUUGCUGGGGUGAGACAAAUGAGGAACAUUACUGGCCAAUCCUAACACAAUCCUAAAGUUCUGAUUUUGUGAGUUCACUGGGUAAAAAGUAUUUAUAGAACUAAAGUACAAAUUGGAAUGGAAUGAUUAUGCACUGUUUGCAUUCUAAUUAUCUCUGUGUGGAAUCCAGAGUAAAAUGAAUUUGCUAUCAUAUUUAGUGUAUAGAAAGCUAUUUAAUAAAGCUAUAAAUGCAAA